CAGUUAACAUCGAUUUUUGGAUCGGUCCACCCAUCCCCUUACCCACGCGCACACGCGCACUGAAAAAUCCACGGACUUCAUGCAUCACACGCCACGGAUUUCCACAGAUUUCAUGACAUCACCCUUUUGGAUCGCCCCCGAUUGACGGCUGAUCGCUUGUGACGUGAAUCAAGAAGCUGAUUGUUGCCAUGCAGGCUGCAUAACCCCCCCCCUCGUAAAAACCUUAAUUAAAAUAAAAGCACAGAGUUCUCAGACGAGUCGAGAUGUCCGACGCUGAUCCCUCGUCGCCGACUGACCGAGCGCUGCCUCUCGCCUCUCCUCGCACGCCGCUGCAAAUGUCCUUCCCCUUCCUGAGGGAGGGCAGCCGGGUUUGGGAGAGGGAGAGGAAGCCUCCGCAGCCCGGGGGAGAGCUUCCCAGCCCUCUGCCCACCAAACGCACCCGCACAUAUUCAGCGACAGUACGAGCCAAAUCAGGUCCCGUGUUUAAAGGCGUGUGCAAGAACUUCUCCCGCUCUCAAGGCCAUGGAUUCAUACGACCAUCACACGGAGGAGAGGACAUCUUUGUCCACAUCUCGGACAUCGAGGGAGAGUACGUGCCAAUGGAAGGAGACGAGGUGACGUUCAAGGUGUGUCCCAUCCCGCCCAAGAACCAGAAGAUCCAAGCGGUGGAGGUCGUGAUCACCCACCUGAAUCCACACACCAAGCAUGAGACUUGGUCGGGUCAGAUCAUAAGCUCCUAGACUCCAGGACCACUGGAGUUGGAUUCACAAGGUCCUGGUCAGGUGUGAAGGGAAGUUUGAGACAAAGGAACUGAAUGAUUUGGCUUCUGGGCUUUCAGUUUGCAAGACAAAUUUGACGCUUAGGACAGAAUUUAUAUUUAAAUGAGCCGGUCUUGGGUGAAGAAAUGUUCAAGAGCUAAAGAUGUGUGAUGUCACUUGGAGCAAAUCUGACACAAUUUAGCCAGUGAAUGAGAAAAACUGCAGACAGGGAAAGUUGCAGACUGGAUACAACGUAGGAACCAUGCAUCUAAUGACACAACACCCAAUUUACACACACUGUAUUGUUUCCAAUACGUUGUAUGUGGCUAAAUAUGUUGUGAUAUAAUAUAUUGACUCGAAUGUAACACAGCAUUUCCCCCCUAGACGACACUCGUCUUACAUGCGGGUUCUAGAGAUUCAUACAUGCCAAACGACUUCCCUCCAAGCGAGUCUGAGAAGUAUACAGUCGUCCCUCGUUUAGCGGGGUUAGCUGGGUUCUGGACGCGACCGCGAUUCAAUGGGGUUCAAUGUUAAUAAAUGGAAUAUUUCCGUACUUAGAGCAUAGAAAACCUGUUUAUAACUUUCUAAAUGCGUUUUUUUAAACUAACUAAUUAUUAAAGCCCUCUAGAGAUGAAAUAACACCCCUUUAGUCACAUUUACAAUCCUAUUAUUCAUUGUUUACACCACGUUGCGCAACUCGUAUGCUGCAGGGGCUCGAGACGGUCGCUAGCCAGCAAAAACCAAACCGGUUAGCCUCGAAUUUAUUUCUUCUAAACUUAAGAAGCCAAAAACCUACCACUUCCGCACGGAAUGGGAGGAGAACUUGUCUCAUCAAUGUUUUGUGUCAUUACUGCCGCCUAGUGACCAGAAUACCACAUAUCACUUGUAUUUCAAUAUGUUUUGACUAAUAAUUGAUCAUAGUUUACCAUGAAACAGCGAUCAUUAGGGAGGAGGGACGACCGUAACAUCCUUGAUCAUCCAGAAGGAAGCGUCGGGCCUGCGUCAAAUCCAAGAUGUGCGUCUUUGCAUCAGUUGGCCACUUGAUGGCAAUGUUGCCGCACCUUUGCUCCCUCUGCACCCAAACGGCCGGUGGUGUCACGUUUCAUUGACCUUUCGCUUAGAAAGCGCACGCAAACGUGACGACCCGAUGACACCAUCACGGUGAACGCUAUUGAUCAUAAACCCGGCUUCACUUGACCAUUUAGAGAUUCACAGGCAGUUUGACGUCUGAGUGAGUGAGAUGUGCGUUGAAAGGGAGCAUCUGCGUUCCUGCGCCAUCACGCCAUGCCACCCAUUAUGCUGCGCCCGCAUGUUCCACGGCCGUGACUUCCACGACUGCCGUGUAAUUGUUGCUACAGAGUCGUCAUUCGAGAUUGUGCUGGUGCACUCAAUGAAGUCACAUCAUGGAAACUUGACUGAAAAUGUGCAUUACAGCCAUACUUGUUUGUUUACGUGUGGCUAAUUGGCGUCAUCGCUUUUAAAAAAAAAUGAUUGUAUUAAUUACAUUUUAAGUAGAACAACAAAAACACACCACGGUUUAUCAUUAAGAAGAGUAGUUGUGCCUUCAUCGCUCCACAGGUGGUGAUUAUUAUUAUUUUUUAAACUACUGGAGUAACACUGUGGCAAGUGUUGAAAAAGCAAUAUUAACGUAGCGAGGAUUGGAGGAAGACGAGACAAGAAGAAGGAAAGAAGACAGGAAGAAGAAAAGAAAUGUUAAAGAGCAAGUGAAAGAGUAGAGCGUGAGCAAAGUUAGUGGUUUUAACCUGAAGGUUUAAGAAAAGAAGGAAUUCAAAAUAAAGGUAAGGGGAUAUCUAUAUUUUCUACAAAGAAAUGGGGAUGGUAAGUUAGACUGCAGAGAAUGUUCUGCUAAUUUAGGAGGUGAGCUUAUUUAUUUAUUGACUUAUUUAUUUUUCUUUGUAUGGCGGUUUCAGUAUCGUGGGUGUUUUUAAGGCUGCCUUUUUAUGUAUUUCAGUGAGCCUGAUUGAAAGCGUUUCUUUGAAAAAAGGAAGCAAAAAUGAUUGUAAUUUCCUUUUUAAAUCUGAAGAAAUGUUUUGUCGCAUCACAC